AUGUUUAUGAAACGGAACCCAAAUAUUUCAAUCCGCAAAGCUCAACUUAUGAACCCAGCUAGGGCGCAAAAACUGAACAAGCUCAUAGUGCAGCAUCGCUUUCAAGAAAUAAAGAAAUUGUUCGAUGAACUCGACAUCCCCAAUCACCCAGAAAGAUUAUAUAAUAUUGACGAAAAAGGCUGCAGGCUAACUAUCCAUCACCAGCAAAAGGUUUUAGCUGAAAAAGGCAAUCGCAGAGUUCAUAUGGUAGCACAAGAACAUGCGGAAAAUGUUACAAUUGCUGUUUGUGUUAGUGCUGCAGGAAAUAGUAUUCCUCCGAUGAUACUUUACAAGGGUAUACGACUUAAACAGGAAUUCCCAGACAAUUUACCUCCUGGGACACUGGUGAAAAUGGCACCUAAAGGUAGCAUGACGAGCUCAUUGUUCGUUAGUUUUAUAGAACAUCUGGGAAAAUUCAAAACCCCCGGAAAAUGUCUGCUGAUAUUCGAUGGUGCCUCCUGCCAUCUAGAUUAUGAUAUAGUAGAUGCAGCAGAAAAAUAUGAAAUUAUUCUGUAUUGCAUGCCAUCAAACACAACGCACGAGUUACAGCCAUUGGACAAAUCUGUCAAUAAAUCUUUUGAAAAUUACUGGGAUCAAGAAGUUGUGAAGUUCAUGUACCACAAUCCUACCAAAAAGAUCAAUAAAGCGCGUUUUAAUCCAAUAUUUACCAAAGUUUGGGCAAAAAGCUUGACCCCAGAAAAUAUCAUCAAUGGAUUUAGAGCAACCGGACUGUUUCCUUUCGAUCCAAAUGCAAUACCGGAAGAGGCCUACCUACUAUUAACCUAUUAA